GUGCACGCAGGCAGCACGACGGGAUGUGGCCAACAACAUUUGUGACAUCGGAAGCUGCACAUCUCAACGUCUGCGGGUCGGCGAAAUGGAGCGAGCCUCUUGAGCGAACCACGCAGAGCGGCAGCCAGGAGGCGAAGUGGGCAUUCCCAGGGAGCGAUGGCGAGGGGGGGAAGGGGUCGGGCGCUGCUGCGCAUGGGGCUGCUUCAGCCCUCGGGCCAAAGCCAGAAGCCCCAGGUAGUCCAGGCCUCGGCUCGCCGCGGCCGAACUCCUCUCGUGCAUCCCGAGCUGAAGCCCAGCCGUCCGCCGAACUCUCCGGGCGUUGCUGCGCAUGGGGCUGCUUCAGCCCUCGGGCCGAAGCCAGAAGCCCCAGCUAGGUCCGGGCCUCGGCUCGCCGAUGGAGGCGGCCGAACUCCUCUCAGUGAAGGCGGCGAGCGGAAGCCCAGCCGUCCGCCGAACUCUCGGAGAGGCACUACUCUCGGCCCUGGGGCAGACGAGCAUCCCUCGGGAGCACGAGGCCCCCCGCAGGCCAAGACACACGGAGCGCCCAGGGCACGAGAACACCCAACGAGCACGGAGAGCACCAGGGUGCCCUCCCCGAGCCGACCUCGCUCUGAUGCUUCGGUCCGACUGUACAAGCGCACACCGAACAACAAGGCACGACAUACGGAGGAGGAGGAGGAGGAGGAGAAGAAGGAGAAGGAGGAGGAGGAGGAGGAGGAGGAGGAGGAGCAGCCGUCUCUGAGGUCCGCGCGGCUCUCUUGGAUCGGUGCUCGGCUCCCCCCGCCUGGCGCCCCAGGUGGCGGCGCUGGAGAGGCGCCGCCCGCCGGCGGGGCCCGGGCGCCGAGCCUGGAACUCGGCGCGGGUCUGCGGGAGCUGAUGCUUAUUCGGCGGCGAGCGAGGGGGGGAAAUCUUGGCUUCCUCUAGGUCUCCAGGUGGCGCUUGGGGCCGUUGGGGCCGAGGGGGCCGCCCUCGGAGUAGUCGCUGGUGUCACUGGACAGCGUCAGCAGCCGCUUGCAGCGCUCCGGAGGUGAGGCCUCCGCGGCGUGGUCGUCCU